GCGCCAUGUUGAAUCAACGCAAACUACAUGCGUACCUGCUGCUCUCCAUAGUGGCCAGCAACUGCCUGCUGCUCACCUACGCCUUUCCCCAGCAGGAGCUGUACCAGCGCCAGCAACAGCUGACCCAGUCGCAGUCCCAGUCGCCAGUUUAUCGCCCCGAGAGCAGCGCCCGCAAGUUUGCCGUGAAGCCGAAUGCCUCCAAGAAGGUGGCUCUGGACGACAUCGAGGAUGAUAUUGAGGGCAAUCAGAUACAGGAGAGCGUGGGCGGACCCGGCGGCUUCACCUGGUCAAACAUGCUGUCCACGGUGAUGACCAUGUUCUUCAAUAACGCCGCCAAUGCGCCCACCAAGUCGGACGAUGUCGACGGCUCGAUUGGUCUGGGCGGCAGCCCCUGGGCUAAUGUCAUCUCGAUGGGCCUUCGCAUUAUCAACACACUCUUGGGCGGCGGUGCGCCCAGCGAUGGCAUCGACAAGGUCGACAACGGUGGCUCUCCGAUGCAGGGCAUCUUGGCGGCUGUGCUGUCGUCCGUGUUGGGCACCAGAGAUCCAGAUCAAGUCAACUCGAUGGCCAAGCAAGCUGGCGAGUUCAUACAGAUCGUGAUGAAUCUGCUGGACGCACUGAAGACCUCAUUCUCACACCGCUCGCUCACCGCCCGCUCCCUAGGCAAACGUGACUCGGUGAGUGACGCGGCCGUCGCCGGAAUUGCGCUCCUCAAGGGCUACGUCCGCACCUACCGCAACGCAGAGGACAAGUGCAUGCAGCGCUACAUGUGCGAUGCCAACACCGACUGCGUGCGCGAAAUUGGCGGCAGCAGCAUCUUCUGCCAACUGGGAUCCUAUGCCACUAGCUAUAUGCUCGGCCGCAGCAGCAAUACCAGCUUUGAGCAUCUGUACGAUGCCGGACGCAGAGGGCGUUCCGGUUUCGAUUGCCGCCAGCUGUAUCUGGAGUGCAAUGAAGUCUAGGGCGUGACGGGUGCUACGAAUUACUUGCUUUUUAGUGCGUAUGACUGGACAACUUAAAGUAAAUU